AUGGCAGCCAAAGGAGACAAGAUUGAAAAGAUCAUCACGCGGCUCCAAGCCCGCAUCGGCGAAGGCCAGUUCUACGAGGCCCAGCAGCAGACCCGCGUCGUCGCCGCCCGCUACAUCAAGGCCGCAAAUUGGCCCGCCGCCACCGAUAUCCUCUACAAUGUCGCACAGUCCCUGCUAAAGGCCAAACAGGGCGGCAGCGGUGGCGAUUUGGCCGUCAUGCUGGUUGAUGUCUUCAAGCAGGCCGAGCUCAAGCCCGACGCCGCUAACAAGGGCAAACUGCUCACCCUCCUGCGCCUGUUUGCGGCCCAGGAGCCGACGAGGAAGAAGUUUAUCGGAGAGAUUAUUGCAUGGUCAUCAAAGUUCGGCGAGUACCCCGCCGGCGAUGCCGACUUCCACCACGUUGCCGGAUCCCUCUACGCCGAAGAACACGACGCCUACGAGGCGGAACGACACCUGGUGCUAGGAACAAAGGACUCGGCCGAAGUGCUCGCAAAGAUGGAAUACGUCUGGUACAAGGAGGACGACUCGCACACGGCGCCCCUCUACGCCGCCCGCGCCAUCUUCCCCUACCUCCUCGUCGGCAACGUCCGCGCCGCAAACACCUGCUACCGCCUCUUUGCCUCCUCCCUCAGCGAAGACAACAAGGGCCUCGGCGUCCAGGACGUCAGCAGCAACAGCGCCGACCUGCGCAUCUUCCCCGGCCUGCCCCUCCUCAACUUCCUCGGCCUGCUCCUGCUGGCGAUCCAGCGCGGCGCCCCGGACGCUUACAAGCAGCUCCUGGCAAAGUACUCGUCCAACAUUUCCGAGGUCAGCGCGUGGAGCGAGGCGCUCGAGAUCAUUGCCGAAAUGUACUUUGGCAUCUCGCGCCCGAGGCAGAGCAAUCCGCUCAUGGACAUGAUGGGCAGUCUGUUUGGUGGUGCCGGUGGUGGUGGCGCCCCUCAGCAGAGACGCCCCGCGACGAGACGGGUGGAAGCCCCCGCGGCUGAGGGCUUGGAUUAG